UCCUUGUUGCAAAGGGAUACCAUUAGCGGACGGACGCUGCUGAUUUCGAACAUAAGAUAGCCAACAAGCUUUCUGUUACCUAAACUUUUGAGAUCGAUGCGUAAUCUGAACUACAAAUCAAGAUAAUCAUAUAUUACUGGUUGUAAUAGUUUUUGUGAUACGGGAUUGGCAGCCAUUUUCUAUAAGUUGGUUUAAAGUAUUUUUCGCUAGGUCACGUUAGUUAAUGUAAUACAAGAAGCUAGUCACGUGAAAAUUCUGCUAGCUGUUGUUAGCAACAUUACAGUCAAACUACGCGUCGACAGGUCACAAAGCGUGACACUGUAAUGUUAUUUCAAUUCAGAAUUAUAGCUUGGGUGUACUUCACAACAACGUCUACAGGUGUGUAUUGGUAGUUUAAUGUUAGCCUCUAGCUAGCUUGCGCUGUUAUGCAGAAACUAUUUGAUAUAAUGAAGCAACAUGGGGAAGUAGAAUGUUACAACAGUGGUUAGAGGGCGUUGCCACCCACCGGCACUGAAGUCAUGCAUGACGUGGAGUGUCCAUCGCCUAAGAGGAUCAUAUCCACUUUAUAGUGGUGAAGAAAAGAUUCAUUACGACCUGUGAGGUUUUUCGGUGUGUUUACCUGCACAAUGCCUGGAAUGGUGGUAUUUGGUCGGCGAUGGGGAAUCGCCAGUGACGACUUUGUCUUCCCCGGCUCCAUUGAACUGGUCCUCCGUGUUCUUUGGUGGAUUGGCGCCAUCAUCAUGUAUACGUACCACAAGGAUCGUUUUGAUUGUAACGGGAGAGGAGUUCUUCAUACCUACCUAGUUGGACUGUUGGUUGUCCUGGCACUCAUCAUACUGUCAUUAUGUGCUAUAGUCUACGUCAGUGCCCAAGGAACCAUUACAAACCCCAGGCCGCGACGCUCUAUCCCUGCUCUGGUGUACCUGCGAGCUCUCCUGUACAUCCCUGAGUUUGCAUGGGCUUGUCUGGGAGCUGUCUGGGUGUCUGAUGACAGUAAAGGCUGUGAUCUUGCCACAGUGGGUGCUGUCAUCGCAGCAGUGGUUGCCAGCUGGAUCAUUCUGCUCUUUACGGGGUUGGGCGUGGUGUUUGUGUUUGAUCCGCUGGGCAACCCCCGUCCUCGGCCCACUGCCGCAGAGUCACAGGGAGUGCAAGACCUGGAAAGCAGCGGGGUGUCCCAGUUCUUCUCCACAGCUCGCUCCUCGACUGCUAAGGUGUGGGAGAGCCGGCUGCGUCUCCUGUGCUGUUGUCUGCCACAGGACGAGAGCCACCGAGCAGCAUUUUCCAGCAUUGCAAAGCUUUUCAGUGGAUUUUUCUCCGACACUGACCUGGUUCCCAGUGACAUAGCAGCUGGUUUGGCCCUGCUGCACCAAGAGCAGGAUAAGAUGGAGCAAAGCAGAGACCCCAGUGUCAUAGUCAGUCACAGUCCUUCCUCUCCCAUUGCAGCAGAUUUGGAGUCUGAGUUGGAGAAAGCAGCCCACUGUAUGCAGUUUGCCGCAGCAGCCUAUGGUUGGCCACUGUACAUUUACUCCAAUCCAUUUACUGGGCCCUGCAAACUCAGUGGAGACUGCUGUCGGAGUCGUUCAGCAGAGUAUGACAUAGUCGGAGGAGACCACCUCGGCUGUCACUUCUCAUCCAUCCUGCAUACCACUGGGUUACAGUACAGAGACUUCAUCCACGUCAGCUUUCACAACGAGAUCUAUGAGAUCCCCUUCUUCGUGGCUCUGGAUCAUAAGAGAGAGGCUAUUGUGGUGGCUGUCAGAGGAACACUGUCACUGAGGGAUGUCCUGACAGACCUGUCUGCUGAGUGUGAGAACCUGCCUAUAGAAGGAGUAUCUGGACCUUGCUACGCUCACAAGGGCAUAUACCAGGCAGCGGGGUACAUCUACAAGAAGCUGGUCAACGAUGGUAUCCUUAACCAGGCUUUCUCCAUUGCACCGGAGUAUAAACUGGUGAUCACUGGUCACAGUCUGGGCGCUGGCACAGCGUCACUGCUGGCCAUCCUGUUGCGCAGCUCCUUCCCCACCCUGCAGUGCUACUCAUUCUCUCCACCAGGGGGACUCCUGAGUAAAGCCUUAGCAGAUUACUCCAAGGACUUUGUGGUCUCAGUUGUGCUGGGAAAGGAUCUGGUUCCCAGACUGAGCAUUCCCAAUAUGGAGGACCUGAAGAGAAAGAUUCUUAAGAUGGUUUCAAACUGCAACAAGCCCAAGUACCGCAUCCUGCUGCAGGGAUGUUGGUACGAGCUGUUUGGAGGACACCCAGACGACAGCCCCACUGAGAUGGACAACAGGAGGCAGGAGCAGCUUGGCCAGCCGCUGCUGGGGGAGGGGUCACUGAUAAUUCAUCCUUCAUCAUCCUAUCAGAGUCUUGCCUCAGACGACUCGCCUGCCCACACGGCUGCCCACCUGGCAGAUCCUCUGUUCCUGCCUGGACGUGUUCUGCAUAUUACAGAAGCGGGGCCGCCACGGAGAUCCUGUUUUUCCCAGGUCAACUACCGUGUUGAGUGGUCUAGUGCAAUGGCGUUCAGGAGUAUUUUGAUCAGCCCCAGUAUGCUUUCAGAUCACAUGCCCGACGCUGUGCUACACGCACUCAACAGUCUGACCAGAGACAGGCCCUUCUCUCUCUGCCCGUCGUCUUUAAACAGCCAGCACAACACUAUCUGAAAUGUACCACCUAGAUGUGGACUCUUUAUCCUGUACAUUAAACUUGCUUCUGUUUAUAUGUAAGCCAUGCGAUUUUUAUCCUGAAAAACAUUCUGAUUAUUAGGCUUCUUACACAUAUACAAUUGUACUUGACUGUAAUUGUAAUGGAGGACGUGUAACCAUAGAGAUUUUGUUAGCGCCAUAAAUGAGUCUGACUUGUGUGGAGAAGCAAAAGGACUUUUGUUAAAUUGCACUUUUAAUUAUUAAAUCCAAAUAAUUUGUUUAAUUUCAGCUCUCUGAGAUGCUCCAUGAGCAACUUUAUGCCAUUACCUUUGAAUGUGCGAUGUGCUGCGUUUCUACUAUAAUGUCAGUGUUGUACAUUUUGUAUCGGUGUGUGUGUGAUCUGGUGGGGGAGCAGUGUGAUCCAGAAUGUGAUUAAAUCAGGGCAACUGUUGGCUCCUAAGGUGGAGUGUAGCAUUGUCUUCACUGUGUAUUAACUAUGGUAUUCUGUCUUGUGUUUACUGUUUGAGACAUCGAGGUAAAAGCUGCCUAUGCAUUACAGGAAAAAGGCGGCAGAACUACAGAAAGACUGUGGAGAGUGCAAUGUGUUUACAGUAAGUUUUGUUCUGCGCUUCUCUGAUAUUGUAAUAGUAAUAGUGUGUGAUAUUUAGCGUAAACAUAGGUGUAAGGGAAAAAGAUUCUAAUUAAACAUGGGAAAACCUG